GUCUCGUCCUGGCUGUACGUCCACAACGAGACGGUCAACAUCUACUCGCAUGUCAUCGGCGCGCUGGUCUUCCUGGUGCUGCCAAGCUACGUGUUUGCCGUCUCAAUCCCAGGGCGGUACCCUGUCGCGACCGUGGCAGACGUGCUCGUCUGCAGUACGUAUUUUCUAGGCGUGGCAGUCUGCUUCGUCCUGUCUACUGUGUUCCACACGCUCAUGGCGCACAGCCCGGCACUCUACGCGCUGGGGAUGAAGAUUGACAUCCAGGGUGUGCUGGUGCUGAUGUGGAGCGCCACUGUUCCGCUGGUGUAUUACACAUUCCAGUGUGAGGAGGGCGUAGUGCGUGCGGCGUACGGGAUCGUGUUCACCGCGCUUGCUGGGGCCUGCUCUGCGGUCACGUUCUUGAAGCAGUUCAGCGGGCCUCACCUGGGACCGUACAGGGCCGCCCUCUUCGGUGCCUUUGGGGCAGGCAGUUUUGCGGCGCCGAUCACACACGGGCUGCUGAAGCAUGGGCUCGAGGAGAUGUACAGACGCGUCGGGCUCGGCUGGAUAUUGGUGACUGUGGUGUGUAACGGGAUCGGGAUUGGUGUUUAUGGGUUGAAGUUUCCAGAGCGAUGGUACCCGCGACGCUUCGACCUGUUUGGUGCCAGCCACCAGUUAAUGCAUGUCUUUGUCGUCGCGGCAGCCCUUGCCUACGCAUGUGCUGUGGUGCAAGCAUUCGACUACCGACACGGCCAGGGAGUGGUCUGCUGA